ACGGCGUCACUCACGCAUUCGUCGCGCUGGUCCACACGUCAGCGGCGGCUCCCACCAGGAGGAGCCAGGGGCUCGACCGUAGAAUCUGCGGCGGCGGCAGAGGAGCCGUGAAGACUUCAGCGAUGGCAGGGGCGGGACCGGCUCCGGGACUCCCGGUUGCAGGAGGCCCUGUUGUCCCGGGGCCUGGCGUCGGCCUCCCGGGCAAGAGCGGCGAGGAACGCUUGAAAGAAAUGGAGGCGGAGAUGGCCCUGUUUGAGCAAGAAGUCCUGGGAGCUCCGGUGACCGGAAUCCCAACUGCUGUGCCUGCGGUGCCCACGGUAGAAGCCAUGCAGGUCCCAGCAGCUCCUGUGAUCCGCCCAAUUAUCGCCACCAACACGUACCAGCAGGUCCAACAGACCCUAGAGGCCCGGGCAGCUGCCGCAGCCACAGUGGUUCCUCCCAUGGUGGGAGGCCCUCCCUUUGUGGGCCCAGUUGGCUUUGGCCCUGCUGAUCGCAGUCACCUGGACAGUCCUGAGGCUCGAGAAGCCAUGUUCCUGAGACGAGCAGCUGUGGCCCCUCAGAGGGCCCCUAUCCUGCGUCCAGCCUUCGUCCCCCACGUGCUACAGAGAGCAGAUUCUGCUCUCUCUUCUGCAGCAGGUGGCCCCCGACCUAUGGCCCUGAGGCCCCCGCACCAGGCUCUGGUUGGACCCCCUCUGCCUGGGCCUCCUGGACCACCCAUGAUGCUGCCACCAAUGGCCCGGGCCCCUGGACCACCCCUGGGUUCUAUGGCUGCUCUGAGACCUCCCCUGUGCAGAGCACAAGACUCCCAACACCCUUCCCUGCCCCUACAGGUCCCAGAGCCACUGGGUGAGGACAAGAAGAAAGGCAAGCCAGAAAAACUGAAACGCUGCAUUCGCACAGCAGCAGGGAGCAGCUGGGAGGACCCCAGCCUGCUGGAGUGGGAUGCUGAUGACUUCAGGAUCUUCUGCGGGGACCUGGGCAAUGAGGUGAAUGAUGACAUAUUGGCACGUGCCUUCAGCCGUUUCCCAUCCUUCCUUAAGGCUAAGGUGAUCCGUGACAAGCGCACAGGCAAAACGAAGGGCUACGGCUUUGUCAGCUUCAAGGACCCCAGUGACUAUGUGCGAGCCAUGCGUGAGAUGAACGGGAAGUACGUGGGCUCACGCCCCAUCAAGCUUCGCAAAAGCAUGUGGAAGGACCGGAACCUGGAUGUGGUGCGCAAGAAGCAGAAGGAAAAGAAAAAGCUGGGCCUCAGAUAGGGUCUGUGGCUUGGCACCCGUUCCCACCCAGCCGGGCGCUAGCUCCUUCCCACAGAUGUUUGUGGGAAACCCCAGUUGUCCACUCCCUGUCCCAAACCAGUUUCAAUAAAUUUACCUUCAUUUCCAUCCCU